GGAAAAAAACAGUAGGAUGGGAGAGCGCGAAUGAUAGCUGGACUCGUUCCCUUUCUCGUCACACAAUCUAAUAAGACGAAGCAAUCACCAAUAAUAAUUCAAUUCUUCACUACUUUCUCAAUUUCCCAUUGCCCAUGGCGUUGAGAACCGGUAACACAAAACUCUCCUUCGAGGUUCUCCGCCGCACUCCAUCAUUCGAAGAACAAGAAUCUCUCCUCCACCGUUCCAAAUCCGAUCCCGAUCGCAAAAAGCGUAAACAUAGAAGAAAAAAGAAGCUUCUCGAUCCCGUCGCCAAUUCCGUUGAUCCACACCGGGAAACUAAAUCGCCGAUCCAAAACGGAAUAGUAUGUAACGGUAACGGUUUCGGUUUCGAGCUUGAUGCGAUGAGAUACUCCGGUACAGGAGGAAGCGUUGUGUGUGAGGAAUUGAGUGAACCGAGUGUCUGUUCUACGUUUCCGACGAAUGUUCGUUGUUCUGUGGAAGGGUUUAAUUUCGGUGAAUUGAGGCAGAGGAAUGUCAAUGGUGGAAGUUCUGAGGAUUUAGUUGCUUCGCUGAUUGGUGAUGACAAUAGUAUUGGAAAGGAGAAGGAGGAUUGUGUCAAGCAAAUGAGUCCCAUGGAGAAACCUACCAAAAUCGAGUCGGAAAGGGAAAGGAGUGUUCUUACGAAAGCGGAAACCAUUGAAUCUGUGGAUUGGAAGCGGAUUAUGGAAGAAGAUCCUAAUUAUGUGUUCAAAGUAGAUAAGUCUCCUGUAGCAUAUUUCUUGGAGGAAAUGUACAACGGAAAUUCUUUACGAAGCACAACUACUCUCGGCAAUGAAAUUGAACGAGAGAAAGUUUACGAUACUAUCUUCCGCUUGCCAUGGAGAUGUGAAUUGCUUAUAGAUGUUGGCUUCUUUGUCUGCUUCGAUUCAUUUCUUUCAUUAUUAACUAUUAUGCCAACGAGGAUCUUGAUGACCAUUUGGAGGCUUCUAAAGACAAGACAGUUCAAGAGGCUCUCUACAAUGGAAUUGUCAGAUUUGGGUUGUUUUAUUAUUAUGAGCUUUGGAGUUAUUCUUUUGCAGAGAACAGAUAUCAGCUUAAUAUAUCAUAUGAUCCGUGGUCAAGGAACGAUAAAAUUAUAUGUGGUCUACAAUGUUUUAGAGAUAUUUGAUAAAUUAUGUCAAAGUUUUAAUGGGGAUGUGUUGCAAACAUCAUUUCAUUCUGCUGAAGGACUUGCAAGUUGCCCCCCAGAAAAUAUGAGAUUCUGGCUUUGGAGAUUUGUUUGUGACCAAGCUUUAGCUGUGGUAGCUUCAAUUGUUCAUUCUUUUAUCUUAUUAGCUCAGGCAAUCACUUUAUCAACAUGUAUUGUUGCCCACAACAAUGCAUUGUUAGCUUUGCUGGUGUCAAAUAAUUUUGCUGAGAUUAAAAGCAACGUGUUUAAACGAUACAGCAAGGAUAAUGUUCAAAGUUUGGUUUACUUUGAUUCUGUUGAGAGGUUUCACAUUUCAGCAUUUAUCUUAUUCGUUUUGGCUCAGAAUAUUCUUGAGGCAGAAGGCCCCUGGUUUGAAAGCUUUCUUACUAAUAUUCUCUUGGUGUAUGUAUGUGAAAUGGUUAUUGAUAUUAUCAAGCAUUCGUUCAUUGCUAAAUUCAAUGACAUUAAGCCCAUUGCAUAUUCUGAGUUUCUUGAAGACCUGUGUAAACAGACUCUAAAUUUGCAAACCGAAGGUGUCAAGAAAAACCUAACCUUUGUCCCCCUUGCUCCCGCGUGUGUGGUUAUUCGAGUGCUAACCCCAGUAUAUGGUGCAAACCUUCCUCAAAAUCCUCUUCCAUGGAGAAUUUUCUGGAUUAUGCUUUUUUUAGCAAUGACCUAUGUUAUGCUCACAAGCCUCAAGGUUCUCAUGGGCAUGGGCCUACAGAAACAUGCCACUUGGUAUAUCAAUCGCUGCCGAAGGAGGAAGCACCACCUUCAUGCAGAUUAGUUUAGGAGGUCAGAUAUUGAGUUCUUGAGUUAGUAAGCUUUGCUGCCCAAGGAGUCCUACGCAUGUGCCCGAAGAACACUUACAAACAUGGGCCUGAAGAACACUUACAAACAUGGAAACUUAUCUGAAAUGCCAUGACUCUUGGAUUAUCAUUGGCGAAUGGCACAUAUGAGAACAACUUUAUCAGUCUGUUGAUAUACAUGAAGGCAAGCCUGAAGAUGGUUUCUCCUUCCAAUUUUGAUAGCAAGAUAUAGGUUGAUGAUAAGUUUUUUUUUUUGACAGAAUAAGUAUAGAAAGUUAUAGGCUACAUAGUUGUCAUUGUCAUGGGUUGUAAUCAAGCCUCCCCUUCCCAGUCUAAUUAAAAUUUGAAAAAACCACAUCAUAUUUUUGUUUUUGUAAGACAAAUUUACUUCCCAUUAUUCCUUAAAGACUUGUUGCUCCCAAGUCAAAUUUGCCAUGCAAGUUGUGUUUUACAACAGGUUCCAAGAAAGACAGAAUUGCAUAAAAUCCGAUUUAAUGGAGAAAGAAAGCAGAGAAGAGAGAAGAAGCUUGAGACAGCCCAACUUGCUUGCUUGACUGUGUAAGUCACCAACCACUUUUUUGAAAUUUAUUUGCAUAAAACUUGUUCACUACAAGUUUGCAUAAAGCAAAAAUCAAAAUAAGCAAAGAUGAGCGCCUUUAUUUUCUCUCCUAUUUUUUAUUAUAAAGAAACAAGUACAAAAAGAAAUGUGUAAUUAUUCUUCGAAAUUAUUGUAUGCUAUUGGUUGGAGACACAGAGGAACUUUCUUGUUGACUGUGAUCCCAAAUUUCUCAGUCAUGUCUAUGUCUUGAAGAGAUUCGCCAUUUGGAGCUAGCUUCCAAUCAAACCAAUACAAAAGAUUAGCAAGCAUAUACUCGGUGGAAGCAAGCCCAAACGCCAUACCAGGGCAUUUUCUUCUCCCAGAACCGAACGGGAUAAAUUGAAAGUUUUGACCAUUGAAAUCAACUUUGUUGUUUUCAAAUCUCUCAGGUAGAAACUCUUCUGGCAUUUCCCAAAAUUCAGGGUCCCUAUGGAUUGCCCAUGUGUUGACAUAUACCAUUGUUUUAUCAGGAAUAUCAUACCCACCGAGUUUAACACUAGAUGUUGUUUUUCUAGGAGCCAAAAGAGGAGCAGCUGGAUGCAUCCUCAAAGUUUCUUUAAUUACACAUAUCAUGUACUCCAUUUGAUUGACAUCACUAUCCUCUAUUUUUGAUUUAUUCCCUACAAUUCUCCUUACCUCCUCCUGUGCUUUCUUCAUUAUGGCUGGAUUUUUUACAAGCUCUGCCAUAGCCCAUUCUACUGUAGUUGAAGUUGUGUCACUUCCUGCUAAAAACAUGUCCUGAAAUUAUGGAAACAUAAAAUAGUCAUAAUCGCGGUUGCAAAUAUUUGGAUAUAAAUUGUCACUGGAUUUAUUUUUCUAUGAUGAGAAAGGGAUAGAAGAAAAACCAUUAACAGUGCUUUUAAGUCAUUCUGUGUGAGGUCUAACUCUGAACGACCAUCAUCCUGAAGUUGAAGGAGAAUGUCGAGGAAAUCUUUCUUGUUGGGGUCCCUCGUAGCCAUCUUAUGCUCGACAAUUACACUAUCAAAGAAAUCAUUCAUUUCUUCAAAAGUGGCCUUAAAAUUUUUAAUUUGGCCAGUGAGAACAUCAACCCAACCCAACAAAGGAAACAAAUCUCCUAUACUAAGAUCUAAAACUUGAGCCAUUAUCCUCCUGCCAAGUUCUCCAAAUCUGCAACCAUCACCAUCAUACUUCCUUCCAAAUAUACACCUACAGAUUAUGUUGUUUGCAGUUUCUAGCAACAUCUCGCCAAGGUUCACACCGUAACAACCAUUACUCAAACUCAUAGCUUUACGUAUCUUAUCAACCAAUGAUGCAGCUUCCUCUUCUCUAAUAAACUGUAUUGAUUGCACCCUUUUCUGACUCAACAAUUCAAUCACACACAGUUUCCUCU